AUAUAUAUUAGAAAAUACUGCUGUUGGAAAAGCAGGGAGCUGUGGUAACCUGUUUCACUACAUACAGAUCCACUGUAGCAUCACAACAUAUGAAAAGCUAAGGCACUGGGACCUGAGCAGCAGCCCCCCCGAUGAAACUAUGCACAUUAUUAGACAAAUUGCCUCAGCAGCAGGCAAAACAGCAGGAAAACGUCGAUUCUGCUUCCUUGGUUACCGGGGACUGAUAAUGCACUUGACCUUCAGAGGAUCAGGGUUACUGAGAGGGCAACUAUUCUGUCUGCAUUGUGGGAGCGCUUUGCAUAUGGAGAGGCUAAACAAAAACUGUUAUACUGCAGCUGAGAAAGAUUGUAUUUGGAAUUCUAGGUUUUUUGUCAUUGAGAACAAUGUGCAGACCUGCAGGGAUCGAAUGACACUGUCCAGACUGUGUAGACCUCGGUGUCAAACUCCUCAGUGAUGAGCAGCUCCCCACAGCGAAUCCAGAUCAUCUCCACAGACUCCACUGUUACAUCUCCGCAGCGCAUACAGAUUGUAACAGAUCAGCAGACUGGUCAGAAGAUCCAGAUAGUAACAGCAGUUGAUUCAUCUGCAUCCAGACAGCAGUUUAUACUGACCGCUCCAGAUGGAAGUGGUGCAGGGAAGGUGAUCCUUGCAGCACCAGACAGUGCAAACACCAAGCAGCUUAUUUUUACAACAGCUGAAAACAUUGUGCCAGGCAGAAUCCAGAUUGUGACAGAUGCAGCCUCAGUGGAGCGUUUACUGGGGAAAACAGACGUAGGGAGAGCACAGCCUGUGGAGUAUUGUGUUGUUUGUGGAGACAAGGCAUCAGGGCGCCAUUAUGGUGCAGUUAGCUGUGAGGGGUGCAAGGGUUUUUUUAAGAGAAGUGUUCGGAAGAACCUGACCUACAGUUGCCGUAGCAGCCAGGACUGCCUUGUCAAUAAGCACCAUCGCAACCGUUGCCAAUUCUGCAGGCUUAAGAAAUGCUUAGACAUGGGUAUGAAAAUGGAAUCUGUACAGAGUGAACGCAAGCCAAUAGAGAUUCCAAGAGAAAAGCCUGCUAACUGUGCAGCCUCCACUGAAAAGAUCUAUAUCAGGAAAGACCUGAGGAGCCCUCUGAUAGCAACACCAACAUUUAUAGCAGAAAAAGAUGGCUCAAGAUCUAGUCUGCUUGAUCCUGGAAUGUUAGUCAAUAUUCAGCAGCCAUUAAUGCAAACAGAUGGAACGUUACUUCUAGAUACAGACUUAAAGGCUGAAUCAAAUCAAGGAGAUUUAGGUACUUUAGCAAACGUGGUCUCUUCCCUUGCUAACCUUAAUGAAUCUCCUAACAAUGGAGAUACCUCAGAAAUGCAGCAGGAGGACCAAUCUGCCAGCGAGAUCACACGUGCCUUUGACACUUUGGCAAAAGCACUGAACCCCACAGACAGCAACACAGGGCAGAGCCUAGCAGAGGGAGCAGACGCAGCGGGAGGAGCCAGCAUCCAGGUGAUCAGCAGAGACCAGUCAACCCCCAUCAUCGAAGUGGAAGGACCUCUCCUCACAGAUACACAUGUUAGUUUUAAGCUGACAAUGCCCACCCCCAUGCCAGAGUAUUUGAAUGUCCACUAUAUCUGCGAAUCUGCCUCCAGAUUGCUGUUUCUCUCCAUGCACUGGGCCAGGUCCAUUCCUGCGUUCCAAGCACUCGGUCAAGAUUGCAAUACAAGUCUGGUUCGGGCGUGCUGGAAUGAGCUGUUUACAUUAGGUCUGGCACAGUGUGCCCAAGUUAUGAAUCUUUCUACAAUCCUUGCAGCCAUUGUCAACCACCUACAGAACAGCAUACAGGAUGAGAAGCUGUCUGGGGACAGAAUAAAACUGGUGAUGGAGCACAUCUGGAAGCUGCAGGAGUUUUGUAACAGCAUGGCUAAAAUUGAGAUCGACAGAUAUGAGUAUGCUUAUCUUAAGGCUAUUGUGCUUUUCAGUCCUGAUCACCCUGGGCUAAACAGCACAAGCCAGAUUGAACAAUUUCAAGAGAAAGCGCAGAUGGAGUUGCAAGAUUAUGUACAGAAAACUUACCCAGAUGAUACAUACAGGUUAGCCCGAAUUUUGAUGCGCCUCCCAGCACUUCGACUGAUGAGUUCCAGUAUAACAGAAGAGCUGUUCUUUACUGGACUCAUUGGGAAUGUUCCUAUUGACAGUAUAAUUCCUUACAUUCUGAAAAUGGAAACUGCAGAAUACAACAGCCAGAUCACUGGGACCUCUGCAUAGUCUGAGUUUUCAGCACUUUUAAAGUUUAAAGCUGGUUACGGAAAACAGAUGGUGUUUCACAUUGAUGACUGCAACAUAACUACUUUUCUGUAGAAAACAAGGAUUGAAGAAGAGAAAAGAUUAGGAAUCCAACCACAUUUUAGAUUUUUUGAGAAUUGUCGGACCAGCGUUUCUGCCUGUUAUUUGCAUCUAAAACUGGAAAGGAUCACAUUGAACAAGGCUGAGUCUGAGGCCUGUUUAGAGAAGCACUUACUGUAAGCAUUGGCAUGGCAGAAACCUAUGGUCAUACUCGGUUUUCUGAUUGCUUUUAAAGGUAAAGCUUUGUAUCCACUGCAUAUUGUAAGUAGAGCAAAAUUAGUUUCCAUCUGCAUAGCAUAAUUGCAUUGAAACGUCAGUGUGUUUUAUUAUUAAGUCAGUUAGUUUGCUGCCUUAGCUUUAACCUGAAUGCCAAUUUCUAAAUUCUUCCCAAUAUGCAAAAAUAAACAAAAAAUAUGAAGUUAUGUUAAUGUGUGAUUGACAAAACCUUCAUUCUAAUGUAAUUUGGGUGUCUACUUUUAUGGAUUAUUUUUAAUUUGGAAAACAAGAAAUACUGUUUUAAUACCUACAUGAAAUGUGUACCAUAAUUUGCUCUCUCUCUCUCUCUCUCAAGUAGGGCAUCAUCAGGCUGUCGUGCUAAAUUCAUUGGUGUUUCUGCAAUUUGUAAACUUGUGCCACAGCUAGACGUUGCUAUGGAAAUGUGGCUCUUAGGGAUUGUGAUACUGUAAAUAUAUUGAUAUUAAUAUUAUAACAAAUAUUAACAAUAGGCCAUAUGUUAUAUACUAUUAGACUGUUUGUGACAUAACAUGGUGUGCCACAAUACGCAUACUGUGAAAAAGAAACAAGUAAUUUAACUUUGCAAUAUAUAGAAAAAUCAAGCGGAUACAUUUUUUAAGAUCUGCCACUUAAAAUUUGUGAAACAAACUAAUCAUAGAAACACACUUUUUAGCUGGAGUGAAGCAGGGGUGGGGGUUGUGUAGUUAAUAGAAAAAAAAAUACUUGAUUGAUAAACAUAUCGCUGGUCAUGUUUUACUUGCAGUGCUUCUCAUUAAAUCUGUUCAUGGCAAGAACCUCAACUUUUCAUUAAACAUUUAUUUUUAGCUCGAAAAUAAAAUGGAAUGGGCCCUAAGUUUUUAAUAUAGAGCUUAGCAGCUGUAAAAUCGAAUGCAUUCACAUUUCAUGUUCAAUUUGCGGCCAUGACAAUCAAAUGCUGUAUGAGAUGGGCUCUCUGUAUUGUAACGCAGUGGGUCUUAUGUGAUGACAGGUUUUUGAUUGUCACAUCGCAAACCAGAAUUCCAGGUUUUCCAUUUUUUGGCGUACAGUAUUGUAUAUAACUUAUUAUGUCUGCUUUCAGUAAAAUAUUUGCAAUCAUAGAAAGCUUUUAACACAAUGGUGUAUUAGUAAUUGUUGCAUAUAUCUUUUUUUUUUUUUUUUUACUUAUUACCACACACACUAAAAUAUGUUACAUUUUGCUUUAAAAAUGCAAACAAAUUUAGAGUGAAAAAAUGCAUGCAGCUCUGUAUAAAAAUAUAUUUAUGGUUUCAAAGACAUUAAAGCUAGGCAUAUCAUGAAGAAAUAGUUACCAAUCAAAAAAAAAUACUUUGUCUAAAAAAAAAAUUAAAGACCUGCCUAGCCAACACGGUCGAGAGUAUUGAAAAAAAUAGAAUUGUUGUCUUUCUUACUUUUUAACCUGUCUCUGUGAGAACAGAAGGAGGCUGUGUAGUCCAGUGGUUAAAGAAACAGACUUAGAACCAGGAGGUCCCCCAUUCAAAUCCCAGCUUAGCC